AUGGCAGCCCUACAGGAGAAGAAGUCAUGCAGCCAGCGCAUGGCCGAAUUCCGGCACUACUGUUGGAACUCGGACACUGGGCAGAUGCUGGGUCGCACCCCAGCACGGUGGGUGUGGAUCAGCCUCUACUAUGCAGCCUUCUACGUGGUCAUGACAGGGCUCUUCGCCUUGUGCAUCUACGUGCUGAUGCAGACCAUCGACCCCUACACCCCAGACUACCAAGACCAGUUGAAGUCACCGGGGGUAACCUUGAGACCUGAUGUGUACGGGGACAGAGGGCUGAAGAUUUCCUACAAUGUCUCUGAAAACACCUCCUGGGCUGGCCUCACAGACAUCCUCCACAGCUUCUUAGCAGGCUACACCCCAGCAUCCCAGCAGGACAGCAUCAACUGUACCUCCGAAAAGUACUUCUUCCAGGAGAGUUUUGCGGCUCCAAACCACACCAAGUUCUCUUGCAAAUUCACUGCAAACAUGCUGCAGAACUGCUCGGGCCUGGUGGACCCCAGCUUCGGCUUUGAGGAGGGAAAGCCCUGCUUCAUUAUUAAAAUGAACAGGAUUGUCAAGUUCCUGCCCAGCAACAACACAGCCCCGCGAGUGGACUGCACCUUCCAGGAGGAUCACCGACAUCCCCGGAAGUACCCUGAGCCCCUGCAGGUUGAGUACUACCCACCCAAUGGUACCUUCAGCCUCCACUACUUUCCCUACUAUGGCAAGAAAGCCCAGCCCCAUUACAGUAACCCUCUGGUGGCAGCAAAGCUUCUCAACGUCCCCAAGAACACAGAAGUCCUCAUCGUGUGCAAGAUCCUGGCAGACCAUGUGACCUUCGACAAUCCCCACGACCCAUAUGAAGGGAAAGUGGAGUUCAAGCUUACAAUACAAAAGUAA